AUGGGUUUUUGCUGGAGCGGUGAGUGUGGCAACAGGCCUUGCUGGGAAGGCCAUUAUAUGCCCUGCCGUGCUGGAUGGGUGGGCCCUACUGUGCUGCUCUGCAUCUAUGGUUUCUGCUCCAUGAUGAGGCCCAUAGAGCCCUUCCUGACAGAGUUUCUCACGGGAACUUACAAGAAUCUCACCACUGAGCAGGUGACUAAACAGGUGUAUCCUGUGUGGACUUACUCCAGUCUGGUUCUCCUCAUCCCAGUCCUCCUGGUGACAGACUUCCUCAGGUACAAGCCUGUAAUCAUCCUCCAGGGGCUCGCCUAUGUCACAACUUUUCUGCUGUUACUAGUUGGCUCGGGGGUCCACUCGGCUCAGUUGGCCCUUUUCAGCUACAGCAUUGCCAUGGCAGCAGAUGUGGCCUAUUUCUCCUACAUUUACAUCAUGGUCCAUGCCAGGUACUAUCAGAGAGUGACCAGUUAUGUCAAUGGGGCCAUACUGCUGGGCUAUGCUGUGGGAGCCUCACUGGCUCAACUGCUAGUGUCUGUAGGUGGAGUGUCCUUGUAUUGCUUAGCUUUAGUGACUCUUGUUUCUGUCUCCAUGGCACUGAUAACCUCCUUUUUCCUGCCCAUGCCUAAGACCAGUUUAAUUCUUAACAAAACAUAUUCUGAACAGCAAGGAGACUCAGGUGAGGACGUUCAAGAGACAGAAAGUCAGGACCAUUACAGCAGGGUGAAGAACGUAAUGGCUGCCAAACAUGUUGGGAGCAUGUUCAGAGAGCUCAUAUCGGACUGUAAGAAAUGUUAUUCUUCUGCAGCUGUACUCUUCUUCUGCAUAUGGUUAGCUACAGGGAGGUGUGGCUUUUACCAGGUUGCAAACUACAUCCAGAUCCUUUGGGUGUACAUACAACCCCAUAACUUCACAGGCUACAAUGGAGGGGUGGAUGCCAUCAGCACACUGUCAGGAGCUGCAGCCACAGUUGCUGUGGGCCACAUUUCCCUGGAGUGGUCCGUGUGGGGAGAACUGAUCCUGGGGGGAUUCACACUUCUGCUCUCUGGGGCUGUAUUCCUGAUGGAUCUGACUGACAACAUCUGGAUCAGCUACAUGUGCUACAUCCUCUUCAAAACUAUUUACAUGCAGCUCACCACCAUUUGCAUUUUUCAGAUAGCCAAGGCACUGAACAGGAAGCGUUAUGCGUUGGUAUUCGGCAUGAAUUGUUUUGUGGGCACUGUUCUCCGGAGUGUCCUCACCGCCAUCGUCAUCAACACCAAGUCUCUACAGCUCACCAUCACCUCCCAGUUUUUCAUCUACGCCUCGUACUUUGCCGCCACUUCCCUGCUGUUCACAAUCAGAGGUGUGUAUACUGUGCUCCGUAUGAAAUGGCCUGCUGCAGCCAACCAGGCAGCGGGAGCCACCAACCUGCCGGAAGACUCCAGUCUGUGA